AUGGCCACUAGGCCAUCAACAUAUCUUAUGAUCCGGAAAUUCGGGGUGGCGCCCGUGCCCGGGACACCAGUUCGCGGUGCCGCACGCGGGUGCACGCCCUCGCUGGUCGACGACUUAAUUGAAGAGGUUGUGUUUGCGUUGGUGCGGGCCGUGGCUGCCGGCGAGGCGGACGAGAUGGAGCGGCUGUGCCACAUCUUCAAGGCCGAAUACGCUACUAGGUAA